AUGGUCUCAACGUUAACCGACUCUAGUCUACUAGUUGAACAAUGCGAUCAAUUAAAUCGUCUUGUUCUAGCGAUAAAACAAAAUAUCGAUAAUACUGUUAGUUACCAUGCUGAUCAUAAAUCGAAUUGGUUGGAGUUAAAGAAAAAAUUAUCAACCUUAACAAGCACAAAAGGUUUGGUUACAUUAAACGUGGGUGGUACAGAAUUUCAUACCAAUAUUGAGACGUUAACAAAAGAAAAGAAUACAUUUUUUACUGCUUUAUUUUCUCGUGCAUGGCAAUUGGAAAAAGAUGAUCACGGCUGUAUAUAUAUUGAUCGUAAUGGUGACUUAUUCGGUGAAAUACUUGACUAUUUGCGCACCGGACAACUUGUUGUUCCAGAUGAACGUCUUUGUCGACGUUUGCGUCAAGAAGCGCAAUUUUAUCAGAUAAAAAAAUUAUGUAAAUUAUUGAGUGAUAUCGAGCUUAAGAUGGAACAUCUAUUUGAUGGAUCGACAUUGUUAUCAAACAGGCAAAAAGAGAAAUUGAAUGAAUUUUAUGGUGUAAAUGAUCAAUGUUGGAAACUCAUCUAUAAAGCAUCGAGAGACAGUUUUGAUUUGUCCGUAUUUCAUCAUUUAUGCGAUAAUACAGGUCCAACAAUGACCCUUAUUCUGUCAGGCGACGGUUAUCUUUUCGGUGGGUAUACAAGCAAAUCAUGGGCAUCGGCUCUUGGAUCACAUGAAAAUGAUCCAAAAGCAUUUUUAUUUACACUUACAAAUCCCGAAUCCAUAGGAGAAGUAAAAUUUGUUUGUAAAUAUCCCUCAGGUUCAAAUGCGGUAUUUCAUUCGUUUUCUUGUGGUCCAGCAUUUGGUGCCGGUCAUGAUUUAAUUAUUUCAAAUAAUAGUAAUAAGAAUACAGAUAGUUACUGUAAUUUUCCUCAUAGUUAUACUGAUCAUAUUGGGCAUGGUACUGGAACGUUUACAAAUUCAAAACAUUUUCAAACAGCAGAUAUCGAAGUUUUUAAGUUUGUUUAA